AUGCCGGCCCUCCUGCUCCUCGGGACCCUUCUGCUCCUGGCCUCGACCGCCGGCCAGGCCGGGGCGCGCCCGUCCAACGCCACGAGCGCCGAGCCCCCGGGCCCACUGCCCGCCCUGCUGGCGCACCUGCGGCGCCUGACCGGGGCGCUGACGGGCGGCGGGGGCGCAGCGGGCCCGGGCGCCAAUAGCAGCAAGACCGGCACCGCGAGCGGGACGGGCGCGGCGGCGCGGGCGCCCCCUCCCGCCGAGCUCUGCCACGGCUACUACGAUGUCAUGGGCCAGUACGACGCCACCUUCAACUGCAGCACCGGCUCCUACCGCUUCUGCUGCGGCACCUGCCACUACCGCUUCUGCUGCGAGCACCGCCACAUGCGCCUGGCGCAGGCCUCCUGCUCCAACUACGACACGCCACGCUGGGCCACCACGCCGCCGCCCCUGGCUGGGGGCGCCGGGGGCGCCGGGGGUGCGGGCGGCGGGCCCGGGCCCGGCCAGGCCGGGUGGCUGGAAGGGGGCCGGGCGGGAGGUGCCGGGGUGCGUGGGGGCGAGGGGCCUGGGGGCAGCACGGCCUACGUGGUGUGCGGGGUCAUCAGCUUCGCCCUUGCCGUGGGCGUCGGCGCCAAAGUGGCCUUCAGCAAGGCGUCCCGUGCGCCCAGGGCGCACCGGGAGAUCAACGUCCCCAGGGCCCUGGUGGACAUUCUGAGGCAUCAGGCGGGACCUGGGACCCGCCCAGACCGCGCACGAAGCAGCUCUCUGACCGCGGGGGUUGGGGUUCCCGACAGCAUGCCCCCGAGGACGCCCAAGAACCUCUACAACGCCGUGAAGCCCUCCAACCUCGAUAACUUGCACCACAACUACCUGCACCUCAACGUCAACAGCCCCAAGCACCAUGCGGCCACGCUGGACUGGCGGGCGGCUCCGCCACCCAGCCCCUCCUUGCACUACUCCACGCUGUCCUACUCUCGGUCCUUCCACAACCUCUCGCAUCUGCCCCCGUCCUACGAGGCCGCUGUGAAAUCUGAACUCAACCGAUACUCCUCCCUCAAGAGGCUGGCCGAGAAGGAUCUGGACGAGGCCUACCUGAAGCGCCGGCACCUGGCGGAGGUGCCCCGCGGGACGCUGCCCCUGCACGCGCUGCGGCGCCCCGGCACGGGGGGCGGCUACCGCAUGGACGCCUGGGGCAGCCCGGAGGAGCUGGGCCUGGCGCCCCCGCCGCACCCGCGGCGCGUCAUGUCCCAGGAGCACCUGCUGGGCGACGGCGGCCGCGCGCGCUACGAGUUCACGCUGCCGCGCGCGCGCCUCGUGUCGCAGGAGCACCUGCUCCUGUCGUCGCCCGAGGCCCUGCGCCAGAGCCGCGAGCACCUCCUGUCGCCCCCGCGCAGCCCCGCGCUGCCCCCCGACCCCGCGUCCCGCGCCGGCCUGGCCGCCUCGCACUCCAACCUGCUGCUGGGGCCCGGGGGCCCCCCCACGCCGCUGCACGGGCUGCCCCCGCCGCCCGGCCUGCACGCGCACCACCACCUCGGCCUGCACGGCUCGCCGCAGCCCGCCUGGCUGGCGGACGCCGGCGGGGGCGGGGGCACGCUGGCCCGCAGGCCGCCCUUCCAGCGCCAGGGCACGCUGGAGCAGCUGCAGUUCAUCCCCGGCCACCACCUGCCCCAGCACCUGCGCACCGCCAGCAAGAACGAGGUGACUGUCUGA